AUGUCCAACACACAAGUCAACAUGGAAGAUGAGCCCGAUUGUGGCUCAGAUGCUGAUGUGAUGUCCGAUGAUGGACUUUACAUUCUUGGAAUUUCAGCAACAGAACCUGCUGGCACAACAACUUUUGAAAUAGAUGUUACCAAGAGGAAAAGAAGGAGUAUUGUUUGGGAGGAGUUUGAAAUUCUUGAGGGGAAGGGUUUUAGUGAUGGGAAGGAACGAGCGAAAUGCAAUAAGUGUAGGCAAAUCUAUAAGGCUGAUAGUACUACUAAUGGAACUGGAACCCUUAGGAGACAUAUUUUACAUUGCCCAAAACGAGAAAACAAAGGACCAACCCAAAUGACUCUGGGUGUUAAUGAUGGGAAAUUAAUGUUAAGAGAUAAAAAGGUUGACCAAGUCUGGGUGCGUGAUAAGGUCACGAGGCUUAUUGUGAGACAUGAGUUACCUUUAAUCUUUGUUGAGUAUAAGGAGUUUAGGGAAUUAAUCACAUACAUUUUUCCUGACUGCACCCAUAUUACCCGCAACACACAAAUGGCGAAGAUUUUGAAGUUUUACAAUUUGGAGUCCAAUAGAAUCCAUAAUCUACUCAAGUCAUUUAAUGGGAAGAUUUCUUUGACAAGUGAUCUAUGGACAUCCAUCACCAAUGAUGGAUACUUAUCUUUGACUGGCCAUUAUAUUGAUAAUGAUUGGGUGUUGCAUAAGAAAUUAUUGAAGUUUUGCAUCAUGCCACCUCCACAUACUGGCAUCAAUAUUUGUGAAAUGGUUUUAAAGAUCUUGUCUGAAUGGGGUAUUGAUCGGAAAUUGUUUUCAAUUACUUUGGAUAAUGCUACUUCUAAUUUCAGCUUUGUUGAGUUGUUGAAGAGAAAUCUGAAUUUGAAGAAUGCUCUUUUUUGUAAAGGAGAAUUCUUUCAUAAUAGGUGUUGUGCUCAUAUUCUCAAUCUCAUUGUACAAGAUGGACUAAAGCACAUAGACGAGUCUGUGGCAUUGAUUCGAUCUAGUAUAGCCUAUGUGAAAGGAUCAUAA